GGGAAUAAGUCAUAAACAAGGAAUGUUUCAGUUUUCAUUGACGACGAUGAAUUCAUUUUAUUCUUUGAUAAACGCGUAUGAUUGAAAAUUUUAGUGAAUUUUAAAAGGGAAAUUCAGCUGUAUGUGAACAUUAUCAUUAUGACUGACACAAUAGAAAUCUUGAAGUGUGGAGUGCGCUUUGAACCCCCCACUUUUGUGCUCACAUAUAAAGAUAGAAAGACCGGAAAGUUUAGGCGUCGCUCAAUGCCUUUACGGAACUUCAACAAACUUACUAGCAUCGACACAAUAAUCGAGGAUUUAAAAUCAAACCCUCGCCAUUCUAAAUUUGUAAGACUGCUUUUACCAGCCCAGCUUCAGCGUUUGCUUACUAUUGUUAAAGACAAGCUCAGUGGCCUUAGUUUAGAAGCAAGUAUCGCUCGCAACGAUGCGAUGGACACGCUUCGCCCGGAUGAAAAUUUGAACAAAGUUGAUCCUGAAACUCUUCAGAGGAAAAAGUUAGUUAUGGAUUUAUCUUUUGAGAAGAAGAGAAAAAAGCCAGGGGAUCCAGAUUUUCAGUACAAUGUUGAAGUUGAUUUUGAACCUGUGGAAGUCAAAACAAGUGAGUGGGACUCAGGGGAGUCUGACAUUGACUUUUAGUCGGCAAAACUGCAAUGGCUUUUUAUAAGUACAUAUAAUGAACUUUAAUUUUGUGAUGCAUAAAUGAUGUAAAUAAUGAAUAUAUAAAACACAAAGCUAUAAAUCCCUCUGACUUCCAUAAAUCCAGUGUCAUAUUUAAACUGGUGUAUUUUUAUAUAUAAUUGUAUUAUAUACAUACUCUUUUCAUUCAUUGUAUUUUUAAAUGAUAUAGCAUGUACCAGGUACUAUUUAAAAGUAGUUUAGCUUCUUUAUAUUGAUUUGGAUAGUAAAUUAAAUUUGUGUACGCUCACAAAUUUAAAAAUAAAGGUGCUGCUUGAUAGUGAAUUGUUAUUAUCUAAGUAUGGUUGUUGCUAAGUGGAAGUUAAUCUUCACUUUCAGCUUGGUAAAAAUAUUAAGAGUUAUUAUUUAAAUUAAUCUAAUAUAAUUUGGAUCUCCCACUUCACUGGGUGGUGUGGUUGUGUUAUUUCUGAUGUUUAUUUUUUUUUUUUUUUUUUUCUGUUUUCAAAUGCCUUCAUAACAUCAGAACCAGAGUGAAAGGGAUGCAUGUGUAAUGUUAAUGAUUACACCCAUCACAGAUAGAUAUGUGAGCUGUACCUUGCCAUAUUGUAUUGUUAAGUAUCUCUUUAGAAGCUAAACCUAACCCUGUCUUUGGUAACUAACAGUACUCAAUAAUGGCAUGUAUUUCUAAUACUCUGUUUAAUUAAUGCAAUAAUAAACAUGUUUGAUUUUCAAAAGUAAA